CCCAACUAACGCUUUAUCACAGCGCUGCAACGCUGAAAAACACAUUUACAAACAUCUGCUUGUAAGCCAAACCGCGUCUUCUAUGAAGCCGGUACCCGUGCGGGCCGAGCCGCCGUGUGUCCCGGUGUAGCAGCUGGAAACAUGGACCUGACCGGGAGCAGCAGGGCUGUGCUGGCCGGGAGCAGCAGGGCUGUGCUGGGCUGCUUUGUGGCGCUGCUCUGCUGCGCUUCACUCCCACAGACGGGGGUUUGCAGUGCCAGCACAGUUUCCCUUCCUGAAAGUCUGCUGUUCGUAUCAACAUUGGAUGGAAAUUUGCAUGCUGUUAGCAAGAAAUCUGGCUCUAUCAAAUGGACUUUGAAAGAAGAUCCAGUUCUUCAGGUCCCUACACAUGUGGCAGAGCCGGCAUUUCUACCAGAUCCCAAUGAUGGCAGCCUGUACUCUCUGGGGGGAAAGAACAACGAAGGCCUCACAAAAUUACCGUUUACUAUCCCUGAACUGGUCCAAGCCUCUCCCUGUCGCAGUUCUGAUGGAGUCCUUUACAUGGGUAAGAAGCAGGACUUGUGGUAUGUGGUGGACCUGAUGACUGGUGAGAAACAACAAACUCUGACUUCCUCCUUCGCUGAGAUGUUCUGCCCUUCGUCAUCUCUUCUUUAUCUGGGACGCACAGAGUAUACCAUCACCAUGUAUGACACCAAGAGCAGAGAGCUGCGCUGGAAUGCCACCUAUUGUGACUACGCCUCCACCCUUCCUGAUGACGAUACCAAAUAUAAGAUGGCUCAUUUUGUGUCCAAUGGUGACGGACUGGUGGUGACUGUGGACAGUGAAACUGGAGACGUUCAGUGGGUUCAGAACUACAAUUCUCCGGUGGUGGCGAUGUACAUCUGGCAGCGUGAGGCUCUCCGCAAAGUUCCCCAUACUAACGUUGCUGUGGAAACCCUGCGUUACCUCACUUUCAUGUCUGGGGAGGUUGGACGCAUCACUCAGUGGAAGUAUCCGUUUCCCAAGGAGGAGAAGCCCAAGAAUAAAUUCAUGGCCACUUUGUAUGUAGGCAAAUACUCCACAAGCCUGUAUGCAUCCCCCUCUCUUGUGCACGAUGGAGUAACGGUCGUGCCUCGUGGCAGCACCUUCCCUCUGCUGGAAGGUCCCGACAGCCAGGAGACAGAAGAGGACAAAGAGUGUGUCAUCACACCCAGCACAAGUGUAAAAUUUAACGCUGCCCUCGGUGAGCGAAACCGGAUCAACUAUAUGAGGAACUACCUUCUUCUCAUCGGUCAUCAUGAGACGCCUCCAGACGCUCACACCAAGAUUCUAGAGAAGUUUCCCGACAUUUUCCCUCGCAACCAAGGCAACGUCAUCCCACCUACUACUGAUAAGAAAGUGGAAGAGAAGGUCAAUGAUAGUGGUAUGGAUGAUGGUUCACCUUCUGCUGUUCCUAAAACAUCUAUCCAAGAACCCGGGACCAGUGGUCGCUCCAUCCGCCCAGAGGCCCCUGUGGACUCCAUGCUGAAAGACAUGGCCACCAUCAUCUUUUCUACUUUCCUCUUGGCUGGCUGGGUGGCCUUUAUGAUUAUCUAUCCCAAAAGUGUCCACAAGCAGCAGCAGCUGCAGCAUCAGGAGUUUCAGAGGCAAAUGGAGGAAAGGCUGGAGCUGCUUCAGAGGCAGCAGCCUUUCUCCCCUGCAGAUGUCAGCUUGGCUGCUGACAGCGACUACCUGGAGGUGGCCCGCACUCGGUCCGAUUGCUCAGACCACAGUAGCCCCAAUGUCACCCCUCGGGCCUCCAAUCACUCUAAUUUGUCUGUGUCGGAGCUCGGGAGCUCUGCCAACGAGCAUGAAGAUGGAGAGGAUGAGUCGAAUAUCGUUAGAGUGGGCAACGUCACUUUCCAUCCCAAACAAGUCUUGGGCCACGGUGCAGAAGGGACCAUUGUGUACAAGGGUCAGUUUGACAACCGCUCAGUGGCUGUGAAGAGAAUUCUCCCAGAAUGCUUCAGCUUUGCAGACCGAGAGGUUCAGUUGCUGAGGGAAUCUGACGAGCAUCCAAAUGUCAUCCGCUACUUCUGCACUGAGAGGGACCGCCAGUUCCAGUACAUCGCCAUUGAGUUGUGUGCUGCCACGCUUCAGGAGUACGUGGAGAGAGAAGAUUUCAACCGUCAUGGACUUGAACCCGUCACCCUUCUGCAUCAGACGAUGUCAGGCCUGGCCCAUCUGCACUCUCUCAACAUUGUGCACAGAGACUUGAAACCCCACAACAUUCUGGUGUCCAUGCCCAACGCACACGGCCGGGUCCGGGCUAUGAUUUCCGACUUUGGUUUGUGUAAGAAGCUGGCGGCAGGCCGCCACAGUUUCAGCAGGAGGUCCGGGGUCCCGGGGACUGAGGGCUGGAUCGCUCCGGAGGUUCUUAGUGAGGACUGUAAAGACAACCCGACCUGUGCAGUGGAUAUCUUCUCUGCUGGUUGUGUCUUCUACUAUGUGGUGUCCCAGGGAAGCCACCCGUUUGGGAAGUCUCUGCAGAGACAAGCAAACAUACUUCUGGGCACAUACAGCCUUGACUAUUUGCAAAGCGACAAACACAGCGACAUUGUAGCGAGAGAUCUAAUAGAACAGAUGUUGAGUGUGGAUCCCCAUAAAAGGCCUUUGGCUGAAAGUGUUCUCAAACACCCUUUUUUCUGGAGUCUGGAGAAAGAGCUGCAGUUCUUUCAGGAUGUAAGUGACAGAAUAGAGAAGGAGCCCCUUGAUGGACCAAUUGUUAGACAGCUGGAGAAAGGUGGAAGAGCUGUUGUCAAGAGUGACUGGAGAGAGCACAUCACAGUACCAUUGCAGACAGAUCUGCGGAAAUUUCGCUCCUACAAGGGUGGAUCAGUCAGAGACCUCCUGCGUGCAAUGAGAAACAAGAAACACCAUUACCGAGAGUUGCCUGCUGACGUACAGGAGACUCUGGGCUCCGUCCCUGAUGACUUUGUCUCCUACUUCACGUCGCGUUUUCCACACUUGCUGAUGCACACCUACCUGGCCAUGCGGACCUGUGCCCAUGAGAGACCUUUCCUGCCUUACUACUCCGCUGCAGAGCAGUUUUCUAAAACACAGGCUCAGUGUUCACAUCAGAGUCCACAAAGACAAAAUGAACCAUGCACUCAACACGUGCCAACACACACGUCUCUGCCUUCAUUACAACACCAGGAACCUUCACAUUCAUCACUGCCUGUGCAGGUCUGCAACAAAACGGUUGCUGAAACAGUGUCUUCAUCACCAGAAGAGCCUGUACCGUCACUACUUCCAGUUCAGACUGUGCAACCACUGGAGGUGGCACAGACGACACAGACUGACUUGGACAGUCAAAGCUCCACAUUUGUCUCAGAAUCGCCCACAGUUCCUGACGGGCAAAGUGAACCCGGCCCGUUGAAUAUGGCCACACUGGCAGAAACGGCGACACUGGACAGUAAAACAUUGUGAACUAAGCCAGAGUUUGGUGGACCCAGCACAAAUGGGAGCAUUGCCUUUUUAAAAAAAGUAGAAAACAAGCAGGAGUCAGUUGCUGUGCCGUGAGCUGGUGAGGACCAGGCCUGCAGUGCCUGGGAGCCGCUGCCCGGUGCAACAGCUGGGUCCUGAACAUAGUGCCUUCUGCUGACCUGGAGGACAAUGAUCCCCAACACAAGUCUGCCAACUUGUGCAUCUCUGCCAAGAGGAAGUCGCAUACCCAAAGGGAUCUUGCUGGAUGCUUUUCUUGUAGCUGGACGGAGCUAAGAAAUGCUUUUAAUUUCAUCACACUGUGUCCAAAAAAGAGUUUUUCAAAAAAUAAGUCUGCCAUGGGAGAUGUCUAAAUGUUGAAAAUAUGGGUGGCUUUCUCGUGCAAUGUCAUGUAUUUGUCUGUUUGUUGCACAGAUGCUGUAUGUAUAAUUUUGUGUAUACUGAUUCAAAAUUUGGAUCAUGAAUCAUUUAAUGUGGCCACCGUGCCUUUUUUUUUUUUUUUUUUUUAAGAAAACAUCACUGUGCUGUGCGGGUACAGCUCCUUAAAUAGACUAUGCUAAAUGUGCUUGAUUCCACUUAAUGCUGCUAGACUAUGUCACGUUUGUAAAUCAAAACUUGUACUGACCCGGUUACAGUGGACUGCUCCAAAGGAUGUUCAGGAUGGAAUCUGAAUACAUUAGAUAAUUUAAUCCUUAUGCUUAUGUUUUUAAGUAUAAAUAACACACCGGGCCACAAAUUGAUAAUGUAUUAUAACUUUUUAUGGGUGUCGAAGUGAAGUUAAUGAAUUGCACAUUAAAUUUUAUUUUGUCUUUUCUACUCACA